AUGUCAGAAAACAUACCCGAGUCCAUCCCCGUCCACCGCGACCCGCGCAGCGCNCAAGCAACNAAAAAACGCGCCCUCUCACCACGAAGCAAACAAUCCGCACAUCUCGAAGCACUCUUUGCCAACCCGGACAAACCCAUCAAUCUACCCACUUCAGCCUCUCCCAAAUCAUCCACACUACCCCCAGAGAUUGUCGCCAAUGUCCAAGGUUCCAGCGCGGGAGCCGGCAGCGGCGAAUUCCACGUCUACAAGGCCUCUCGACGACGCGAGUACGAGCGUCUACGAGCCAUGGACGAAGAAAAAGAAACCGAGGAAAGAGAUGCAGAGUUUGCGGAAAGGAAAAAGGAGCAAGAGAAGAGGGAUGUAGAGAAGACGGAGAAGAAUCGAUUGAAGAGGGAGAAGGCUAGGCAGAGGAAGGAGAAGAGUAAACUUGGUCCGCAGGCAAAGGGUGAUGGUGUGCAAGAGGGAAAGAAGGAGGAGAAGAAGUUCAAGGCUAACGUUGCGGUCAAGAAGAGUGGCGGGGAAGAAGGUGAGACGGGACCUGUGGUUGAGGAACAGGGGAUUGUGUUUUUGGACGAGGAUUGA